GUUCAUUUUCCUUUUUGGAAAGGUCGUUUCAACUUCGUUCACACCUUUAGUUAGAGACGUCGACUUUUACCACUUCCACCCAGAGAAAUUAUAGGAAGUAAGGAAUUGAAGAUGAGUGCGUCUUCUCGUUUUAUUCCUGAACAUAGGAAACAAAAUUACAAAGGAAAAGGAGCUUUUCAAGCGGAUGAGUUGCGCCGUCGACGUGAAACUCAGCAAAUCGAAAUCCGUAAACAAAAGCGUGAAGAAAAUUUGAACAAGCGCCGUAAUUUAGCAGAUGUGUCUGAAGAACCAUCGGAGGAAGUUACGCCGGUAAUAAAUGAAAAGGAAAAUGAUUCUGAACUGGAUUUACAACUCCCUGACAUGGUGAGAGCUUUGUAUACAGAUGACAUUGAAAUCCAAAUUCAAGCUACUACAAAGUUUCGUAAGGUCUUAUCGAAAGAGCAUGAUCCACCAAUUCAAAAGGUCAUCAACACCGGCGUGGUGCCUCGAUUUGUAGAGUUUUUGGGACACGAAAACAACUUACUCAAGUUUGAAGCUUCUUGGGCUUUAACUAACAUUGCAAGUGGAUCUUCAGACCAAACCCAUACUGUUGUUAAUUCUGGAGCAGUUCCUAUCUUUGUCAGUUUACUCACGUCUCCUGAGAAGGAUGUUCGCGAGCAGGCUGUUUGGGCUCUUGGCAACAUCGCUGGUGAUUCACCCAUGUGCCGUGAUCACGUUCUUCAAUGUGGUGUUUUAGAACCUUUGUUAACCGUAAUUGGAUCUUGCAAGCGCCUGAGUAUGCUUCGUAACUGUACGUGGACCUUAUCCAAUAUGUGUCGUGGUAAAAACCCUCAACCAGACUGGAACACAAUUUCUUGUGUAAUUCCAGUUUUGUCAAAGUUAAUCUACUCACUUGACGACGACGUUAUAGUAGAUGCUCUUUGGGCUAUUUCUUAUUUAUCGGACGGACCUAAUGAAAAAAUUCAGUCAAUCAUUGAUGCAGGAAUCCCCAGAAGGUUAGUCGAACUUUUAAUGCAUCCCAAUCCUCAAAUUCAGACACCAGCCCUUCGUUCUGUUGGUAAUAUUGUUACUGGUGAUGAUCUUCAAACGCAAGUCAUCAUUAACUGUGGUGCUUUAAGUGCUUUAUUAUCAUUGCUCAGCCAUCCCCGUGACGGAAUCCGAAAGGAGGCCUGUUGGACGAUUAGUAACAUUACAGCAGGCAAUGCUUCACAAAUUCAAUAUGUUAUUGAGGCCAAUAUUAUUCCUCCUUUGAUCAAUCUUCUUGCUACGGCUGACUUCAAGAUUCAAAAGGAAGCUUGCUGGGCUGUCUCGAAUGCUACGUCUGGUGGUAUCAACCAGCCAACGCAAAUCCGAUACAUUGUUUCUCAGGGAGCUAUUAAACCCUUGUGUAACUUACUAGCUUGUCAGGAUAACAAGAUAAUUCAAGUCGCUUUAGAUGGAAUUGAAAACAUUCUUCGCGUUGGUGAUCUUGACCGAGCGGAGAAUCCUGACAACAUCAAUUUGCAUGCUGUUUACAUAGAGGAUGCUGGUGGUAUGGAUCUUAUUUACGAAUUGCAAAAUUCGGCAAAUGCGGAGAUCUAUCAAAAGGCAUAUAACAUAAUUGAAAGAUACUUUGGAGAAGAAGAUGUUGUUGAGGAUCUAGAGCCGGAUGUUGCAGGAGGUGCAUUCACUUUUGGAUCUAGUGAGGUGCCAACAGGCAGCUUUAAUUUCGAGAGUAAAGGCGAGGAUAUGAAUAUGUAGUGGUCCGGGUUCUGUGAGGUGUUGAGAAAUUCUAUUUUUUCUUUUAUUCAGUCUGUUUUGUUUCCUUUCUUUUUCCUCAUCUAUUAAUUCUAUGUUUGUUUUGUGCGAUAUCUAUCUUUUGUUUGUAUAACUGAAGUAAUAAAUCGUCACCCAUCAUCUUUAGCACCCUAACUUGCUUGUUUCGACGAUAAAGCUAUAAGAUUUCUGUUUCAAAUUUACACGAAGAAUACAAAAUCUCAUAAUAAAAAAAAGAAAAAAAUUUGAUAUUUCCUUGAAUGACGAUAAUGAUUUUUAUAAAUUAGAUACAAGUUAGCAAACUAAAUUUUGAUGGGUAGUGAACGUUCUUUUUUUAAAUAUAUUGUUGUUUAACAGCUUUUUAACAAA